AAACACUAAAGAUUUCUAACUCGAGCUGCAGGGCAAUGAUACUAGAUAGAAUUUACAAAACCGAGUAUACAGCCCCAGAGGUCUUGGUUGAGUCUAAAUAUACGGAAAAGAGCGAUGUCUAUAGUUUUGGGAUUAUACUCUGGGAGGUUAUGUCCAGAAAGAAACCAUUUUCUGAAAUGAGCCUUUUGGAAAUUAUGGAUAAAGUUCAGAAAGUGUACAGGUAUUCGUCCUGAUCUGAAUGAUGCUAACAUAUUUAAAAAUACCAAUCCGAUAAAAGAUUUUAACACUAAGUGCUGGCAUUCAGAUCCACAGAAGCGGCCUACUAUGAAAAACUUAAUUUUGUCUCUUGGCAACAUGUUACUGUCAGCAUAAUUCAUAUAGUAUUAAGCUUAUAUAUGUAAACAACAAAUAA